AUGGAGAACGUUGACGUUGAUACCGCUUUCCUCUACGGCGAAGUCAAGGAAGAGAUCUACAUGGAUCAGCCGGAUGGAUGUGUUGAAAAGCAAUACCUUGACAAGAAGUGUCUGCUAAACAAAGCUUUGUACGGACCAAAGCAAGCGGCAAGAGAAUGGAAUCAUCGUCUUAACUCACACCUUGAAAGCCAAGGGUUCACGCGUACGUCUGCCGAUCUCUGUGUCUAUGUGCGACGAUCGGAUACUCAAUUUAGUCUGGUGAUCAUUCACGUUGACGACUUGAUGCUCUUCGCUCGGACGCAAGAACACAUCGAUGACAUCAAGCGUGCACUCAAGACCGAGUUCAGUAUUAAAGAGCUCGGCGAACUGAAGUACUGUCUUGGCAUCAAAUUGACGCGUGAUCGCAAGAGCAAAUCUAUUCGAAUGAAUCAGCGUGCUUACAUCAAGCGUUUGACUGAGAAAUUCGGCGUCGACCAAUGCAAGGACGUGCACACACCGUCAAACGAAAGUGAAAAGCUGACCAAGCUGGGGGACGAUGAUGAAUUCGUGCCGAAGUGGCCUUACCGUGAGCUAGUUGGUGCACUUAUGUACGUUGCAACGUGCACUAGACCAGACAUCAUGUUCGCGGUAGGAGAAGUGGCCAAAUACUGCGAAAGGCAUGGAAAAAGCCACUGGAUCGCGGCCAAGCGUGUGCUAAAAUACCUGAAGACAACUGCAGAUUACAGCAUUGUAUUUAGCGGUAAAGAUAAGGGAGAGUUGCUCGGUUUUGCUGAUGCGUCAUGGGCAAGUGACCUGGAUUCUCGCCGCUCGACGACAGGCUACGUUUUCUUUCUGCACGGCAAUGUGGUGUCGUGGAAGUCGAAGAGACAACCGACAGUGGCGACGUCUAGCACCGAGGCUGAGUACAUAGCAUCGUACGCUGCAGCGCAAGAGGCGGUGUGGCUACGACUAUUACUGUCCGACAUUGGCGUAGAACUUGGAGCGGCUACGACCAUCUAUGAAGACAAUCAAGGCUGUACUGCGCUGGCGAAGAAUCCAGUCUACCAUGCAAGAACAAAACUUAUCGACAUCAAGUAUCACUUUCUUCGCGACAAGGUUGAGGAAGGCGUCAUUGAGCUUGAGUACAUGCCAACAGAAGCGAUGAUUGCAGACGGCUUGACGAAGGCUCUCGGGCGUACCAAGCAUGCAGUUUUUCUGCAAGGUCUACAUCUGGAAGUGUAG